AUGGCUACAGCAGAAUGGACAGUUUUAGAGAAGCUACUACUUUCUCAAGCAGUUUACAAAUAUGGUGAAGACAACUGGUUCCAAAUCGCUCGCAAUUUGAAGCACCAUGCACUUUUAGAUCGUCCUUCCGACUAUUUUAAUCAAAAGAAUUGUUCCCUUCAGUACUAUCUUAUGGUUGAAGAUCUGACGAAAGAAAAACGGAACGCAUUAAAUCAAGACAUGCCUGUAGUCGUACAGAUAGCUAGGCAGCUUUAUACGACUAGGCUUGAAGAAUUAAAGAAAGCUAUCCAUGAUGAUGAGGAAAAGUUUCUGAUACUUGUAAAUGAAAUAGAUGAAAUACGAGCAGGCAAAUGGGACCAGAGAUUAUUAGACCAGUAUCGUCAACAACAGCAUACAAUGACCCCUAAUGGUAGCUUAUCGAAUAAAUUACCAGAAAGUGAAGCAACUACUUCGACAGAAAUAAACGCAGAGAAAGUAAAGGAAAUGAAGGAAGCAGAAACACCAUCGGCGGCAGAAAUCACAGCUGCAACAGCAGUAAGCCCAUCAGUAACAAGGGCAAACGAGCAGAACGUGGCUGAUGAAAAUACAACAGAAGACGAAGCAGAAUUACCCGUUACCUCAACAACAGCGGAGAAAGUUGAUAAAAGAGGCACAAUAGCAGAUGGACAGCAAUUUCAGACAGAUACAUCAGCAAAAGAAUCAAAACAGGAACAAAAUAAAGCAGAAACGGCAAUGACGGCUCCAAUGGAGCAAGAUCAGCUUCAAACACAAAGCGCCAAUACUAGUGAGCAUCUAUCUGCGGGAGUAACGGAAUGGUCCGAUUCCGGAAGAGUUCUUAAGAGACAAGCUGAUGAUCACAGUAUGGUUGUUGAGCCCGAAUCGAAGAGAUUGAAAAGAGAUAGCAUGAGCAUCUCUAUACCCAUAGAAGGUGCUUCUUCGUUACCCGAGCAGCAGCAUCAGCAAUAUUAUACACCACCCUCUUUGCAUAAAUCAUGGCAAAAAAAUAUCAAUCUGUUAUGGAGGGAGAUUGCUAAUCACAAAAAUGGGGCCAUGUUUAUGAACCCUAUCAAAGAGAGUAUCGCACCGAGAUACUAUGAAAUUGUGAAAAGGCCUAUGGAGUUGAAGACCAUCAAGAAUAGGAUUCGAGAUGGAUCUAUUAGCACUACUACCGAAUUUGAAAGAGAUGUAGUACUAAUGUUGAAUAACUCACUCAUGUACAAUAAGGAAGGCACUGAAGUAUACUUGUUAGCAAGAGAAAUGUUAGAUGACGCUCUAGAACAAAUCAGAGUAUUCAAAACAGCAGAUACAGAAAGCUCAGCAAGUUCUCAUACGAGAGCUGCUGCAAUGGCAGCUAAAGCAGACAGAAGGAAGAGCACAAUACCAGAAUAG